UAAGUCAAUAAUUUAAUUUGAAUUCUUCGUUGCACCUGCCCAUGACACCUGCUGCAUACCGUCAGACAUGGACGAUAAGAAUUUGAUAGAAAUUCUAGGUACCUGUCACAGAAGUUUUUACUAUGGAAACAUACAUGAUUCUUGUUAACACAUUUUUUACUUUACUUUUUGUGAACUUUUCCCUGGAACAAUGUAUAUUCACAGACAAGUGUGUUUCCGUUAUCGAUAAAGGAAGAUACUAUAGAGGAAAAGUCUCACUGACAAAUAAAGCAGAAACCUGUCUAAACUGGGACAGCCAUGAUUAUGACGUCACUCCAAAACAGUACCCGGAUGAAGGAUUAGAGAACAAUUACUGUAGAAAUCCUUUAGGUAGUGGCAACAAACCGUGGUGUUAUACAAAGCUGAACCACACAUCUAACGACUACUGGGGGUAUUGCGACAUUCCUGCUUGUGAUCCCUGCUACUUCAGAGGAAUACAGUUUAAACAAGAAGACGCCUUCCAUGAUGGUUGUUCGCAAUGUAUCUGUUUAGCUGACGGGUUUCACUGUUAUCGUUGUCGAGAUGACCCUCCUCCAGCCAAUGGAACAGACCUAGCUUGUUACAUUAAAGAAAAUCCCAGAGCUAAAUAUCCAGCCUGCUGCAAGAGAACGGUCUGCCAUGGCAGGGAUGCAGAUUUUAACUUCGAAGAGUUCACAAAGUUCCUUAAACAAAAACUUCACAUUUAA